UACUACAAAAAUAUAACCUAACAAUUUCUCUUUUGUGAAAAAUUUCGCCGAUUUCGCCGUAAAAUUGUUUUGUUUCGAAAAAUAUUAUUGCACAAUAAUCAAAUGAUAACUGGAGAGGAAAAUUAUCAAAAUGACUGAAAAAAAAUUGUCAAGAAUAAUAGAAUUGGCCAAUUCUAAAGUUAAUGCUGGGAGAAAGUCAGCGGUACAACAGUUGUCCGAGCUUUUGGAAAAUACAGGCGAUUUGUUACACAUUACCCAAAAUAGUGUAAACAAUGGAGGAGAUAGAAUUACUUGGAAUGAUAUAUUAGGUGCAGUGCAUAAUAUUGUCAUGAAUCUAAAAGAUUCAUCGCCACACAGUGAUAAAACGAAAGCGUUGAAAGUUCUCUUGGAAGCUGUAAAGUUGGCUCAUAAUAAUUUGAACACGUCUGACAUAAUAUCAUUUAUCCUAGAAAUAUUUAACGAUUCAAGAUAUCUUUUUGCUCAAUCAACUUAUCUUUACGCUCUGUCUACAUACAUACUUUCCAUUCCUAAAUACCAAAAUAAUAUAACUCAACAGCAAUGGAAGGAAUUACUGAAACUUUGCCAAAACUCUUACGACGAUGAUUCUCAUUAUAUAAAGAAAGAAAAAUUUUUAGAAGCACUUCAAUUGAUUACAAAAUAUGGAUGUUCUUUGUCAUCACUGACAUUAACACUUAAAACGAAAGAAUUGAUACCUUUCCUGGGUAAAAUUUUUGAUGACAUGGAAAGAAAUGAGGAUAUUAUUCGUUCUGGUCUUAAAUUGGCAAUUGCAGUUUGUCAAGAAUUAGCCGUUGAGAGACACAAUUCGUUAUGUAAACUUGGAGAGAUUUUAAUACCAAAAUGUAUGAAUUUCAAGCACGAUGAGAAAUAUGAAUUGUUUCUGAUAUUUGUUCAAAGUCAUCAUCCACUUGGAGCGACAAUGAACAAUGAAAAUUCUUGUGUUAUUGAUGCCGCUAUUUGGAAAACAAUAUUACGAAACAUGUGUACAAUGAUUUUACAAAUCAGUAAAACUCAAACUCUAUCCAAUAUUUGCAUUGAUCUUGGAUGUGAAGUUUUCAGGCAAAUAAUAGAAGAUCCAACAGCAGCGGAAGAAGUUUUCAGUCAGACGGAGAUUCAGAGUAGUGAGAAUCCAAAGAGAAGACGCAUUUCCAAGGAAAAUGGAUUAUUGAUUAAUAUGAUUACUGGUUGUUCGCCGGAAAGAGCCUUACCGAUGUUAAAGAUUUUUGCCAAACUUUUUAAGAAGUAUCCCACUGCUACUCUUCAACCACAGGAGUUCACAUUAUUUCUACAAACUUUGUCUUCACUGCUUAUGCAGUCCAGUACAUUGCCAAAAGUUGUUCUCACUUUAUACGAACUUGGAAUUGCGCUCGUGGAUGUGGAGAAAAAUUUUGAUUCCCAAGAAACAUGGAAUAAGAACAAAUUUUUAUGGAGCGAAAUUUUAGAUACAGUCGCAAGCUACUUGUCGACAAAGGUCAAUCAAGAGGCGGGUCAUCAAUUUUUACAGUACUUAAUCGAAAACGACAGAUUCAUAAAUUUGAAUUCUCUGCUGAAAAUGUACGUCACAAAAACAAUGAAUUGGUCCCUGUUUGGUCUUCAAACUUUAUUGAUAAUAUGCAGUCACACAAUAUUACCCGAGAGACUCAUUGAAUUAAGUACAAAUUCAAGUUCCGAAAUAACUUACAUGACUCCACUUGAAACACAAAUUGUAGAAUGGGUCUCAGCAGUUCCGUGGAAAAAGAUCAGAACUUUAGAUUCGAUAAAAAUCAUAUCUCAACUAUUAAUUGGUUUAAUGUUAAAAUCAUGGCACAAAAAUUCAAUUUCGAAAGAAAAUGUCCCUUUGGACGAAUCAAAUUUCAAUCUCACAGAUGUGGAAAAAUGUUAUUUAGCUAUGAAAUUUCGUAUUAAUAUUUUCAACGAAAAUAAGAAUCCAACGAAGAACAACGACACGGAACAAAUUAAACAUUUUCAUAAUAGAGAAUAUUUAGCUGCUUUCUAUACGCAAUUGGAGAAUAUUCUCAAACCGACAAAUAAGAGCGAAUCGGUAAGAGUAAUUAUCGUCAAAUGUUCUCUAAUUGUAAGAAUAAUUAAUGAUUUGAAAGAAAUAGAAGUCUUCGAAAAUGAUUUUCACGAUUUUCCGCUAUUGCCUCUAUUUAAGGAGAAUUUUGAGAAAAUCUUUAAAUUUCUGUCCGACACGGAUUUAACAAAACUCGAUCAUAAAAAUACGUUACAUAUGAUGAAAGUCCUGAGAAUUCUUUUUCAAGCAACGAAUAAUUGUCAAAUUAAUCAAAUUAUCAUCGAUUCAACCGUGAAGAAUGUGAAGGCGCUACAAAAUUUAUAUUCACACUUAAAAUCUCUGGAAAAUGUCAAUAUUCCCAAAUCGCAGGAAUUGACAUCGAACCAAGAUACGAAUUUCAUAGACAAGGACAAUCAAAUGGAACAAGCCACUAUUGAGGAAAAAAAGAAUAGUAUCGCUAAAACACUUAUUCUCUACUGUUGUAUAGCAACUGACGAAGAAUUAAUUGACAUUCAGGAAAAUUUGCUAGAAAGUCUGUUAAAUGUCGAGGGUUACGAUUUAAAAUCAUCGAAAGAUAUUCAAGUAUUAAUGAACAUUUUGGAAAUAAUCAGUAAAAGCGAAUCGGGAAUACACACACAAGUAUCUGUCGAAAUUUUCAAAAAUCUACUUAACGAACUAUUUCCCUAUUUAUACAAAAAUCAGGAAAUUGCACUGAAAUUAUUACGCUGGUUGCCAAAUUUCUUCAAAAUUGCUGUUCGAUUCGAAGAGAAUAUUACCGGUAUUUUAAAGCUCGUCACUAAAUUUCACGAAAUUCUACAGAAUAAAAUACGAGAACCAAUAAAAACUUACGGUCCUUUGAUGCAUUUGGAAUUUUUAAAAUCUCUCAGGCAAAUUAUUAAAAUUGAUCGUUCGUUAAAAUUUCUAAGACAAAAUGAAUCGGUUGUUGAAUAUCUAUUCGAGUACGUUAAUAGUUCUUUCUUUGUGGUGCGAUUGGAAGCGGCACGAUGCGUUUAUGAAUUAUUUUCAUCAGUCGACAUUGAUUAUCAGUGGAAAAUGUAUUUAUUCGAAAAAUUGAAGCUCUUGCUUCACGAUUCAUUUCUAGUCAAGGGAGAUUUGAAGAAUAUGGAGAAAAGCGAUGAACUAAUGACUCGAGGAACGAGUAUGUUGUACAUUAUCUCGGCAAUUAUUUACGCUUCCAAUUUCUUUCGAUUACCGGCCCUUUUUCUGUUGGUUCAUUUCGCGGCGCUAAAAAGUGUCGAUAGUGGAAAUGUUCGAAAAAUACUGAAAAUCAUGUUGAAGGAAGAAAAAGAGAAUGAGACGAUAGUUGAGAAAAAUUUGAAUUAUCUACUGAUCAGUUGGUGGAAUGUGCAAAAAUCGUUUGAUAAUUUCCCCUUCGAUGUGACUUAUUGCUCCAGUGAGGAACAAUUUUACAAAGUUUUCAUGCACACGCUACUUCCGAUAUUGAUUCAAACGGGAAAUAUCGAUCAGGCGAAGAUUCUCUGCGAGCAACAGGAAUUUAAUUUCGAACGAGAAUUUGAGAAGUCUUUUUCAAAAGUAAUCGCCUGGUUAUUGACGAAAGUGACUAAAAAUCCAGAAGUUUGGUUGAGGAAUAUACUUCGUAAUUUGGAAACGAAUCAAAGGGAAUUUAAAGCGGUGAAAAGAUUUAUUGAUCUACUUCAUGAAAAUUUAGAUCGGAUAAUUAUUGUUUUAGUGGAGGAGUUGCAUGACGAGGGAUAUUUUUCGAAUGUUUCGAAAUUGAGUGUUAAAUUUCCCGAGACGAGCUUCACGAGACUUGUUGUCAGUGACAUUGACGAAUGUCUAUUGUAUAUGGAGAAUAAUUUUUUCCUCUCGGGUAAAUUAGUGCACUAUUUGGGAGCAGAACGUAGGGAUGUUUUGCAAAAAGUCCUACUUCAGUUGACGAAAAAUGUUUAUACUACUAACGAGGAGUUUAAAUUGAAGGCACUUCAUCAGUAUUUCUAUUUCUGUGAUAUAAUUGCAAGGGAAAUGAAAAGUGGUCAAUUUGAUGAAAUUGCGCCCUUUUUGAUAAGAGAUAUUUGCUCUACGUUGCUUUUUCAAAUUGAAGAGGAGAAUUUUACUGAAGUGAUCUGUGGGUAUUUACGUAGAUUCCUCGCAAUGUUUCUACCGGAACGUUCUGGUUUUUUCAAAGAGAUGUUUAUUCCCUGCGUUAGAAUUCUAACUCGCUGUGUUCUGAGGGACGAGAAGUCAGCAGUCUCAGUUCUCAAAUUUCUCAUCGUGGAGCAAAAGAAUUCUUUCGUCGACGUAAUCGCAAAUUUGGAAUAUUUUCCCAAUUCACCAGCUUUCGAGGAGAUGAGAAAAAUACACAAAGAUCUUUGUUACAACACGAGGAUUGAAUCACUAGAGACGGAGUUUAUUUAUUUUUUGAAUAAAAAUUCAACCGAUAUGGAAAGUUUAGAGCGUUUAGGGGGGGAAUUAUCGAAGAGACGGGAGGAAUUGAAGGAGCAUUAUAAAAAAUUGGAAACAGUUUGUAGCGCAUCGAGUAUUUUACAUCGUUUGAUACAUAAAUUGACGAAAUUGAUGGAAUCGUCACAGGCGGAAAUCUCUCAAGAGGCGGCAAAAUGUUUGGGUUAUUUGGGUCCUGGUAAUUUGUCAACAAUGAUUCUUCUACCUGAACAAAUACAACGAAUUGAGAAUAGUAAACGUUUGGAAAUGUUGACAUACGAAAUAUUGCUUCUGCUGUCGGAUUUGAUAAAUGAUAGAAAUAUUGAAAUUCGCGAGGCAAGUGCGAUGGCAUUGUACACGGUGCUCUCGUCAUAUUGGGGACGUAUUUUGAUAAAGGAAAAUUAUUUGAAAAAUUUCGAGGGCAUUAUGAAUAGUGAUAAGUUACAGAAUUUGUUGAAAUAUAUUCGACCAUUUAUAACGAAGGCAAGUGUCAGUGAUUCGAGUGAAGCUGUAAUUUUAGAGAUUUGUGGGGAAUUGAGAGAGAAUUCUUGGAUUGAAACUGCCACGGAUGCCUAUGGAAAUUGGAUUCAAAAUUUUACCUGUACAAUUGCUGAUUGUUAUCAAAAUUUUUUCAUGCAGAGUAUUAUUCCUAUUUUUAAAUUGAGCGUGCAAUUUUGUGAGAAACUUCUUCCUUUGAUGGUGAAUGUAUUGAUUGAUAAUACGGAAUUAAUUGACGAAACUUGCGCAUUUAUUAAUCGAUUUUUUCAUCAUAAUUUCCCCCUUGGCGAUGAGGAGAAUUCUCUAACGUGGAAAUCGAAUAAAGGGGAAAAUCCGGAAUGCAGUUAUAAAUCGGUACAGUGUAUGUUGAAUAUAGUGAAUUUCAUUUGGAUUCAGUCGGACAGAACUGUGAAUUUGAAUUUUGAUUAUUUAUCAAUUGCAAAAGGAGCGCAAUAUUGUUCGGCUUAUUUUACGUCUGUAUUGUAUGCGGAACUUUGGUGUGAUUCGUUUUUAAAUGGAAAUCGUUAUAUUGGCACGAGUACGUUAAUUGAUUAUAUUAUUGAGAAAGAUCCGGUGCGUGGGAAAAUUCUUCAGGAUAUUGUUCGUGAGGCUAAUGUAAGAAUUGGUGAUCCGGACGCGAUUCAUGGAUGUGGAUCGAUGCAUUUACUUGAUUCUGCGUCGAGAAUACGACAUUAUGUUGAUUUAAAGCAAUGGGAUAAAGCAAUGCUCAUGCAGGAUAUUGAACUUUCGUGUGGAAUUGAGUCCAAAAAGGACAUGCUUCAUAUUUUGCAACAGACUGGCUUGUAUUUUCUACUAAAUCAAUUUACGUCGAGUAUAAAUGAGGAUAAAGUAAACAAGCAGCAUAACGAUUAUAAAUAUGAAUGCGCCUGGAGACUUGGAGAUUGGAAUUUAUUGGAGCAGAAAUCUUCUUCGCAAACUAGUGUUAAUUCUUUAAUUGACGAGAAAAAUCCAAGUUACUGUCAAUAUCAUUAUGAAGCUCUUAAAUGCCUCAAUGAAAAUGACAAAAUGGGAGUAAAGCAAGCCAUUGACAAUGCUCGUUGUUGUGUGAUUAAAUGUCUUCGCAAUAUUAGUCUUGAGAGUACGAAAGCUGUGUAUCCGAUGUUGACACAACUGCAAAUGUUGCGGGAAAUUGAAGAGUGUAAUAACACAAAUUCCAGUGAUUAUAGAGAUCGUGUUAAUGAAUGGAAACAUUAUGAGUAUAUCAAAAAUAAUGAUUUUGAAUUUGUCGAGCCAUUGAUUUCGCAGAGAAUUGCUAUUUGCAAAAUUGAGCAGUUGCACGUGACGGACGAUAGUUUAAAGAAUGUUUUAAUCGACAUGCAUUUGGAUUUAGUUCAUUUUGCUGAACAACGAGGACAUUUUAGAAUAGCAACUCGAACUUUAGAUUCUUUAGCGAAACAGAAUAAUUUGUCCCAGGAGAUAAAGAAUAAAUUAUGUUUCACUGAAGCACAUUUGGCAUGGAGUCAAGAUAAUCAGCAGAUAGCUCAAUUUCUUCUCAGACUUUUAAUGAACGAUCCUUCGGUAUUGCCGAGUCUUCGGGCUCAAGCUUUGUGCACGUUUGGAAAUUGGAUCGGAGAAACGGAGUCGGGAAAUCCUCAAGUUAUUAUAAAGCAGUAUUAUCAAGAAUCGAUAAACACUUUCUUGUCGAUCAAGGAGCCAACAUCAAAUGAUUUAAUUAAUUUAUAUAAAACACAUGCCGCACUGGCUAGAUUCGCCGAUAUGCAAUAUCGACAAAUAUCGGAGUACAUAAAAUCGCCUCAAUUCAAAACUCUAAAAUCAUUAGCGCAACUUUCCAACAGUAUGUCAGACAAAAUCGAUGCCAAGGAUAACGAAUUGAGAAGAGCAAUAAACAUCUAUCAACGACAAAGCAAAAAUGAUGCAGCUGAACUCGAGAAUUUUGAAAAUGAUAAAAAUUUAUAUCUCUCGCUUGCAUUGGAAUAUUAUUUGAAAACAUUAGAGCAGAGUUGUGAUCAUGAUUUCCUGAUAUUUCGCGUCGUAUCACUUUGGUUGGAUAAUAUGCAGCAUGCAAUUUUUAAUUCAAUUUUAUCCAAGUAUCUUUCAAAAAUUGCUUCUUAUAAAUUUGUUCCUCUUAUACCGCAAUUGGCGCCGCAUAUGAAUAUCGUGAAUGAUCAGUUUACGUCGAAAAUUAAUGAAAUUUUGAGAAAGUGCGCUAUGGAGCAUCCACAUCAUACACUACCUGUUUUAUUGGCUUUGAAGAAUUUAAUGGGGGAUUCGGAGUUUGGAAAAUUGCAAGUACCUAGAGAAACUGAACCAAUGGCACGAGUUAAGGCUGCGACAAAAUUGAUUAAUCAUUUAUUGAAAACGAAAAUUCAUCCUAUUAUUGAGGAAAUGUCACAACUUUCUCAUUCACUUGUGCAACUUGCGUAUCUUCAGGCAGAAAAGAAACGACCAAAUUCAUCGCACGUGAUACCGUCUAAUCAGGCGAUUUGUAAUAUUAAACAUUUGAAUAAUAUCGCUAUACCAACAAUAACAAUGAGUGUCCGGAAAAAUGGAAAUUAUGAGAAUAUUAUCGGUAUUCAAAAGUACAAAAACACAUUUGUCAACGUUGGUGGAAUAAAUGCACCAAAAAAAGUUGAGUGUAUUGGAACUGAUGGUAUUACAAGAAUACAAUUGGUCAAGGGACAAGAUGACAUGAGACAGGAUGCUGUGAUGCAACAAGUAUUCACAGUUAUUAAUUCAUUAUUGAACGCGAAUAAGGAAACUAAAGAAAGAAAAUUAAAUAUUAGAACCUAUAAGGUUGUUCCUCUUACACAACGUUCGGGAGUUUUGGAGUGGUGCGAAAAUACAUCGCCAAUAUCGCAUAUUCUUCUCGGUGCGGAUCGAGUUUCAGGAAUUCAUAAAAAAUACUAUCCACAAGAUCUUACAGGAUUGGAAUGCCGCAAAAAAAUGGAGGCCGUGUCCUGUGAUUCAAAUGAAAUGAAAUUAAAAGCAUAUCUUGAAUGUUGUAAACAAUUGCAUCCAGCAUUCCAUCAUUUCUUCACUGAAAUGUAUCCUUCGUCGGAAGUUUGGUUUGAGAGAAGAUUGACUUACACUCGAAGCAUUGCUACAACUUCAAUUGUUGGAUACAUUCUGAGCGUUGGAGAUCGACAUUUACAAAACGUAUUAAUUGACCAUACGACAGCAGAAGUAAUACAUAUCGAUUUCGGCAUUGCUUUCGAGCAAGGAAAACUUUUAUCAACACCGGAAACGGUUCCAUUUCGUCUCACACGUGACAUUGAGGUCCCAAUGGGAAUAUCGGGUGUUGAAGGCGUUAUGAGACGUUCCUGCGAGAAAACAUUAAAAUUACUGCAAGAACAGAGAGAAAUAAUCGUAACAUUACUUCAAGUUUUGCUUUAUGAUCCUCUAUUUAUAUGGUCCAUAAGUUCAACUAAAGCCUCCAAAUUUCAAAACUCCAGUACACUUGAAUCUUCAAGUAGCAACACUGGUGCAUUGGAAAUAAACAAAUUUGCAAAUAGAGCUUUACUCAAGGUACAACAAAAGUUACAGGGAAUUGAGGAGGGUGUCACUUUAAGCGUCGAGGGACAAGUUGAAAGAUUAAUUCAACAGGCCCGAGAUCCCAGUAAUUUGUGCCUACUCUUUCAUGGUUGGCAAGCUUAUUUGUAAUUUUUGUUAAUUCCGUUAAGAAAAAUAGUUAGUACCUGACUAUUCAUUAAGAUGUCUUGAAAAGGAAAUCUUUUAUCUUUUCAAUGUAUGUAUCGAACUUUAUAUAUUCUUUUCUAUUUUAAUUUCAAUUUAACGGUUUUUUAUAAGAUAAAAGAUAAUAUUUUUUUACAAAAAAAUAUAUUAGACUUUUAAGACUAAAAUAUUCUUCUACUCUAAGAUUUUAAAGUAAUGCGGUAUUAGAAAUAAGAAUUUUGUACAUUCAAAUACUGUGAUUUUAAUA